ACAAUCAGCAUCGGAUUGCCAGGAGCAGGAGCAACGUAAGCAGCCACAGUCGCAGCAGCCACUGCAGGAGGAGACGGAGGAGCUGGCAUCAUAGGAGCAGCAACGUCCGCAGCAGCUGCGCUAGGUGACGGCGUCUCGGUCACCGGCUCGUCAAGGAUGUCGAGCCGUAAGCCAGGAGCCACAGCCACAACGGCAGCCGUCCUGGAGGACACGGCGAAUACCUCAGCCACUGUGAUCCUGCCAGCCUGCAGCGAGGACCAGUCUUCAAGCGCUGCCGAGGAGCUAGCCAGAGCCGGAGCCAAAUCGCCCUCUCCCGAGGGGAAUGGGGCAGGGGAAAAGACGGAUGAUCAGCAGCAGUCCAGCGGGGAUGCGAAUCCGAGUCCGAACCCGAAUUCGGACCGGAGUCAGCCCUCUCCCGCCACAACAAUAGAGAGGGUAGUGGCCUCACCAAAGCCACCCACGCCCACGACUGUCAGCGAUGGACUGGGGAGCAAGAGUGUGCGAAUAACACGGCUCUCGUCGCCGCUCCUGCUGCUCAGCUCCCCCACAGCUACAGCCUCGAGGCAUCGCGAGGCUAGCGAAGACGGCGAAGAGCCGCCAUCGUCGGGUAGUCAGAGGAAGAGCUCGGUGGAGCGCUCGGUUGUUGCCCCCCCCGUCAUACGCGGACGCAAGUCCAUUAAGGAUCUGAAAGAAGCCAAAGAAGCCAUCGCCAAGCUCGAGGAUGGGCCAGGAUCAGGGACAGUGCAAGUCAAAGAGGAGGCCAUCGACGGCAGCGAACUGGAAUCCCUGCCAGCUGCCGAUGAAAAAGACAACAAAGACACAAAAGACAAGGACAAGGAAAAGGAGAAGGACAAAGAGCUGCCACCUACGCCGACCUGCAACCGUGUCACCCGCAAGUCGCACGCCCAGGAGCAGGCGAACAACACUCGCGUCACCCGCAAUCGUCGACAAUCAUCGACGGUGGCCUCCAGCGAGCAGCAGCAGCAGCAGUUGCCGACCGCACGUGGCCGCCGUCCCAGGAAGUCCCAGGCGGUGGUCCCGCCGCCCCUGGAGCCAGCCGCCAAGCGGAAUCGCUCCGAGGACGACGUAGAGAGUGCGGCAAAGUACAGCAAAAUUGAGGUGAAGGCGCCGCCACCCGAAGACGAGAUCGACGACGCCGUGGACGCCGCCGAGGAGCCACCAAAGGGCGCUGUGCUGAUCAAGCAGGAGCCCCCAGACAGGGACACAGCCACACCCGUCACUGUCCACGUCCCCGCCGUUCCCACACCAACCUCAGGGGGAGGUCGACGCGGACGCGGCCGGCCACAGACAAAGAAUGUCGGAGUCGCGGCUGGCACAGCAGUUUCCCCAGCCGUUGCCUCGUCUACCAGCACGCGAGCGACGCGUCUGAGCAAGACGGGAUCGCCGGGUGGACUGGGAAUGGCCGCUGCUGCCGAGCCGAUGAUGGCGAAGCGACGACGGGUGGGCUCCACCACACGGAAGACUGCAUCGGCCGGCUCGCUGGCCACCAGCGCGCAUGGCGGCGGGGACGAGGACUCGAAGGACAGCAUGGCCUCGUCCAUGGACGACCUGCUGCUGGCCCACGCCGACAUUAAGCUGGAGAAGCUGACGCCGGACUUUGACGAGAGCCUGCUCCUGCCAGUGGAUCCUGUGGUGGGGUUGCUGAAGGACGCACAGACGGCCAUGGAGGAGGAGAGCUCCACUACCAGCGGAGGGGCCAACGGUCAUUCCUCCUCCUCCUGCGUCGAACCGCUCACCGUGGACGCCGAUCUGGGGAAUGCCGAUAAGGAUAAGCCGAAGGAGUCGCCCCAGGAGUCGACGGAACUGCCGGAGUCCGAGUCGGAGUCUGCCUCUGGGUCCGUCUCCGCAUGCGGAGAGGCUGGCAAAGCGCCGUCGCUCAGUCCCGACAUAAUCAGCGUUAAGUUCUACAAGAAGUUCCUGGCCAACAAUCUGGGCAUCGAGAAGGACCCGGAGCUGGGCGAGAUUGUCCAAAUAGCCAGCCACAGCGAAGUGGAAGUCGAAGCGGAAGUCGAAGCGGAAGUCGAAGCGGAAGCUGAAUCUGAGGCUGAUCCGGAAGCGGAGCCAGAACCGAAAACUGAAGUGGAGCUGGAGCUGAUAAAGGCGGAGUCCGAGACAGAACUGGAGGCGGAAGCCGAGGGAGAAGUUAAGGCCGCGGCCGCCGCCGAGGCCGAGGCAGAAGCCAAAUUUGCGUUGGAGGACUCCUCGUACUCGAACAGCUCCUUGAAGGCGGGUGCGCUUCGGCUGGACGAGAGCGGCGAGGAGCUGACCCUCGAAGACAGACCCGCGGAUGAGGUCGCUGUAAACGGGGAUAAUGGCCAUGAGGGGGAGGCGGAGGAGGAGGAGGAGCAGAAGUCGGACAACUACGACGACUUUGAUCACGAGAUUAUGGAGGAGCUGGCCAAGGAGGGCGUAGUGGACGCCAGGGGCAAUGCGCUGAGUCGAAAGGCCGAAGAUGAACCUGAACCUGCUCCAGAGCCUGUGACUGAGACUGAUCCUGCGGAUCCUCCCGAUCAUCCCGAGGGAGUGCCGGCGGUAGGAGAUGAUGAGCCGACGGACGCGGAGGAGAAGGAUGUACCCGAAGGAGCCAUGGAGGUAAAGGCAUCCCCGACUGUAGCCGAGCAGCCAGCGGAUGCGGACACAGAGAUGGAAAUGGAUGUGGAUAUGGAACACGGAGGAGAGGCAGAGGAAGAGCCAGAGCAAGAUAAACCACAGCAGGAGCUGCCGCUGAUGGCGGAUCACAUGGACAACGAUUUUCCGGAGGAGAACAAGGAGAACCUGUCCAUGUCCAGCACAUCCCCCAGGAGGUCCAGCCACGACGGUCUCGACAUUCAGCUGACCCUUAAGGAUGAGGAGGACGAGGAGAAGCCCCUGGCGACCAUAAAGGCUGCCGAGCAGAAGACCAAUCUGGAUCCAGACGACCGCGCAGCUCCCCAGCUCUGCCUCAAAGCCCUCAAGGACCUCAAGGAUCACAAGGACCAGUCCGAAGAGAAAGCCCUGCUCCUGGAAUACUUGCCCAACGCAGAAGCCAAUGGCAAGCAGGAGGCGGGACUCUCAUGUGAUGAGAAAGAGCGGCGCGACCAAGAGAUUCAUCUUCACAAUCUCGGCCUCCUCACGCACCAGGCCGCCGAGCAGCGGCGCCAGGACCUGCAGGAGGCGCAGACACGCCAGGCGCAGUACCAGCAACAGCAUCCGCAGGCCUAUCCGAGCGGAAAGCGACGCUCGACGGCCCUGGCAGGAGCGGCUGCAGGAUCUGGGUCGGGAUCGGGGGGAGGCAGCGCCAUCCACGUGGAGUCCAGCGGGACACUAAAGACUGUUAUCAAGCUCAAUCGGAGCAGCAACGGGGGAGCCAGCGGAAGUGGCGGAGUGCCCACGGGGACUGUCAUCCACGGCAGCGGCUCCUCCGGCUCCUCAUCCUCCUCCUCGAUGGGCAGUGCCACGCGAAAGGCGAGCGCCGCCAGCACAGGGUCAGCCAUGGGCUCUGCAGCCCACGGAGUACGCCGUCAGUCCCUCAAGAUGACAUUCCAGAAGGGUCGCGCCCGCGGCCAUGGAUCAGCGGAUCGCUCUGCCGACCAGCAUGGCGUCCACGCUGAGGACUCGUACUACACAAUACAGAACGAGAACGAAGGUGCGACCAAGUCGAACAUACCGUCGGGUAAUCCUGGCCGAAAGACCACUAACCGUUUCAGUUCGACUAACAGCCACCACCACUCGACGAUAGCCAAGCACUUGGGUGCGCUCCAGCACAGAUCUCUCCUGGAUUCAUCGCAAUCGGAGGGGCAUGGUGGCCAUGCAAUGGACCAUGGCUUCUACCAAAUGGUCAAGAAGGAUGAGAAGGAGAAGAUACUGAUCCCGGAGAAGGCCUCUUCGUUCAAGUUCCAUCCCGGGCGGCUGUGCGAGGACCAGUGCUAUUACUGUAGCGGCAAGUUCGGGCUGUACGACACGCCCUGCCAUGUGGGCCAGAUCAAGUCGGUGGAGCGUCAGCAGAAGAUCCUAGCCAACGAGGAGAAGCUGACGGUGGACAACUGCCUGUGCGAUGCCUGCUUCCGGCAUGUGGAUCGUCGUGCCAACGCGGCCCCCUACAACAAGAAGCGACUCUCGGCCCCCGGCCACCUGGAAACAGGUGGUCCCGGCGGCCCUGGAGGCUCCGCCUCCGGUUCCAAUUUGGACAAAAACUAUGCCGGCGAGGGAGUGCCCACGGAAGGGGUCGAGAUGGGCCCCUCCACGUCGGCGGGGGCCGCUCAGCGAUCGUGUGCCGUGAAGGACUGCUGCGAGACGGCCGGCCAUCAGCUGCGCCGCAAGUGCAUCCGCAAGAGCGUGAAGAAGUUCCAGCUGAGUUUCGAGAUUCCCGCCGGCACCUCGAUCGUCUGGCUGUGCGAGGCCCACUACAACACGUUCAUUCAGUUCUCCGGCUGUGUCCUUUGCAAGCGGCGGCUGGGCAAGAAUCACAUGUACAACAUAACGACGGACACCGAUCGACUGGAGAAGGCCCUCACGGAGAUGGGCAUACCCGUCCAGCUGGGCAUGGGCACCGCCGUCUGCAAGCUCUGCCGCUACUUCGCCAACCUUCUGAUGAAGCCCCCCGACAGCACCAAGUCCCAGAAGGCGGAGUUUGUCAAGAACUAUCGCAAAAGGCUCCUCAAGGUGCACAAUCUGCAGGAUGCCAGCAACGAGGUCUCCGAGGCUGAGGACGAGGCGGUCGAUCGCAGUGCUCACUCCGCCGCCUCCACUAGUGCAGCCGCCUCCACGCACGAGGACGCCGAGAUGCCGUUGGUGGUGGACUUCGACGGUCCCACGGACUCCAACUCGAGCAGCUCGUCCAUCACGGCCAUCGGAGGAUCGACAACCGGCACUAGCAAGCAGAUGUCCAAGCUGCAGGCCAUCCUGCAGCAGAGUCUGUCAGGCGAGGGUCUGGCCAGUGGCAGCGGCAGCGGCAGUGGCAGUGGCAGUGGAGCUGCGAACGGAUCGGCCACCUCUAGUGCAGCGAAUCCGGACAUAUCGAACGUGCUGCGCGGCAACCCGAACAUCUCCAUGCGCGAGCUCUUCCACGGCGAGGAGGAGAUGGGGCUGCAGUUUAAGGUGCCCUUCGGCUGUAGUAGCAGCCAGCGCACGCCGGAGGGCUGGACGCGGGUGCAGACCUUUCUGCAGUAUGACGAGCCGACGCGCCGCCUCUGGGAGGAGCUGCAGAAGCCGUAUGGCAACCAGAGCUCCUUCCUGCGCCACCUCAUCCUGCUGGAGAAGUACUACCGCAACGGAGACCUCGUCCUGGGUGCUCACGCCUCCUCAAAUGCCAGCGUCUACACGGCGACCGUGCGCCAGCGACUGAACUCCUUCGAUCAUGGUCACUCCUACGGAGGAACCCCAGCGGGCAAGCGGCCGCCAGUAGUCGGCUCCCCGGGCUCAUCUUCAUCGACCGCCGCGUCGGCCAGUGGCAGUGUCCUGGCCACCCCCAUCGCCAACGCUAAUGCCAACCAAUCUGCAGACAACACCGGCCAGGGAGAGCCAAAGAUUCCGCUGGUGGAGCUCAACGACGACGACGACGAGGUCGCCGUGGGCCAGCGAUCUCCAAAGGAUGUCCUCAACUCGCACUUGGAACGCCUCACCACCGUCUCGGUGGACAAGCUGACCAAGCAGCUCAGCUCGAACGCGGUGACCAUCAUCGCCCGUCCCAAGGACAAGCCAGCGCCGCCGAGUACCGCCGCCACAGGUACAGGCCCAGCCACAGCCACAGUCACAGCCAAAACAGCCACACUCGCCUCGUCGCCGGCAUCGAUCUCUUCAGCGUCGCCUGCGUCGUCACCCGAGGAUGGGGGCGCCGGCGCGGGCACGGGCACCCAGAAGGCGGUAGCCUUGUGUCCCUCCCAGUUCAAGAAUGCCCCGCCCCUGGUGCCCACCAGUGGCGCCAACAGUAGGAGCAUCCUCAAGAGCAACCUCCUAGGGACCAACAAGGCCGUUGAGAUUGUGCCACUGUCCUCGUCGCUGCCCGUCUCUGCCAGCCUGUCCUCCGCCUCACUGCUCGCCAAUCACUCGGUUGGCUCGAAGGCCCCUGCUGCCGUCGCCGCGUACUCCGCCCAGGAGAAGCAGAACAAGAUCCUCGAUGUGGCCAAUAAGCUGCUUAGCAGUAAAAACGAGAGCAAGUCACAGCAGCAGCAGCAACAGGUGGGCGCCCGUCUGGUUGGGGGUAUUCAAUCCAAGCUGAAGUUGGCCACGCCGAUGAGUCUGCACCAGCACCAGCAGCAGCAGGGAUCGUCCUCGAAGACCCCCACCAAUGUGGCCCAGCUGCUGAACUCGCCGCCGGAGCUGAUAAGCCUGGCGCGAAGAAGGACAGCCGGAGGGGGGCCUCCCUCUGCAUCGAUGGCUCCGGGGGGUUCCAGUCUGAUGGGCAAUCAUCUCAGCAGGCGGCUGCAGCUGCAGCAGAAGCCAGGAACAACUGGAUCGGCUGGUACGGGUACUGGAGCUGGAACUGGAACUGGAGCUGCGGCAGGCAGUCGCGGGCUGGCAGCACCGCCGAACGUGGUCAUACUGCCGGAAACACUGACCACGCAGGAGCGGCACGAGUGCAAGAGCUGGAAGCCAACCCUGAUCCCGCUGGAGGAUCAAAACCACGUGCCCAGCAAGUCGCAGGCCCUCUACCAGACAGCCGAUGGCCGACGGCUGCCGGCCCUCGUCCAAGUGCAGUCGGGGGGCAAGCCCUACCUCAUCUCCAUCUUCGAUUACAACCGCAUGUGCAUCCUGCGGCGGGAGAAGCUGCUCCGCGACCAGAUGCUCAAGACCAACGCCAAGCCGAAGCCCAGCCAGACACAGACGCAGUCGCAGUCCGGCCAGAACUCGGACACCGCGGUGCCCGCAUACAUCGCCCAGAUGGCCCACCAGCAGCAGACCGCUCGCCAGCAGCUCCAACAGCUGCAGCAGCAGCAACAGCAGCAGCAGCAGCAGCACAAGCAGCACUUACAACAUCAGAUGCCAACACUUCAGCCGGGAGGAGGAGCCGGUGCCGGUGCCGGACGACUGGCCCGCCUGGCACCCAAGCCCAUGCCGCCGCUGAACAUUCCGCAGAUCGCCAGCCAGGGCCAUACCCAACUGAACAUCAAUCCCAGCCUAGAAGGCACCAGCGGCAACAGCAGCAACAGCUCCUGGCUGUGGAACAACUUCCCCGACCACAAGCAAUAUCUCCCGAAUGGCAACGGCGGCACGGGCCCCUCCGGAAAGCUGCCCCACCUCACGCCCAAGCCCUCGACGGUCACCCUGAGCAGCGGCAGCAGCCUCAAGUCCGGUCCAACCUUCACCCUGAAGCAGCAGCAACAGCAGAUGCAGCAGCAGAAGCUGAUCGACAACGCCAUAUCGAAGAUACCCAAGAGCUUGAUUGUCAUUCCGCAGGGUGGCGACUCUUCGGGCUCGUCUAAGGAGUGAUGGCGUCCGGAAGCGGUGCCUGCAUGUUGCCACGUUGUACGUUGGCAUUUGUGAGAGGAGGAAUAUGGAUGGAUGUCGCAUAUUCCACAUGUAUUCAUGUGAGUCAGUCGACAUCCCGUAGGACUACGAUUGUAGAGUCGCAAUAAAAUGCACAGUAAUACCAGACGAGAGGUGAGGAGAGACGGAGGAGAAAAUCAAGAUAGUUUUUAAGCUUACAUAACAUUUUGUGUGUAUAAAUCGAGAUAUACGGCUACGAAUAUGUGUAGACUUAAGUACAACUAAAUAAUUAGGCUGUUUGCUUGCGAACUGAAGCUGAAGAACUCUGAGAGUCGAACGACUCGACGAAGGAAGCCAGGUCGCAGCAACUGGUGCCAGCAACUGACACGAAGGCAGAUAGAGUUAGGCCCUAGAUAUAUAUAUAUAUAACAAUACCUACACCUGUACUCUAAUCGACUCUAGGAUAUCCUAUAUUUUUUUAAUAGAUUUAACGAGCACAUUCACUUGCGAUUCGUGUAUUAUAGAUACCAAAAUUGCUAGAGCGCCAAGUGGUUAGAUGUAGAAGAGGUGGUAGAGAUUCCACGCACACACACGCACACACACACACACAAACCAAACACACACACACUCACACUCACCCAAGCUGAUGUUUAAAAGGAUGAAGAGAGUUUCCUCUCUUUUAGAAAGAGCAAUCGUAAUCGUUACCCAAACGCAAAUCGGCUAAUCGCAACCUUCGGGACAGAUCCUCAACUUCACAAGGGGCCCCACACCUGUGUAUGGUGGGCUCCACUGAUUCGAUUGUAGACUUCUAGAUUCUCAAUAUACCAAUUAUUUCAUUUUCAAGUACUUUUAAAGAAAAGUUCGCUCGCUCGCUUCGUGUGGGUAGAUUCUUAAUUUAUGUCCAUUUUCGAUUUCCAUUUACCACACUCGAACACACACGCAAACACACUCACACCCUCACCCACACACACGUAUAGAUUAUAAUGGUAAUUUCUAUACGAUUGUACAUAUGCAUACAUAUACACAAAUACUUCUACACAUAACAUGAGAAUGCAAAAAUACAUAAUACAAAACAAACAAAAAAGCAAUCAAA